GUAUGUAGGUACUCAAAGGUAUAGGUAGAUCAGUUCGAUCAAUCACCUACCAUUUUUAUGCGGCAUUCCCUUAUGGUAGCGUUUUGGUGGGGGAUACUUUAUUCCCACAUAAAACAUACCUAGGUAUAUAAAACAUACAAAUUUUGUCCGUUUUUAAAAGUGAUACUUAAAGAUAAAAUACGAGUAAAAUGAUAUCUUCAACUAUUUUCCUCGACUUAUAAAAGUUAUGUAAAAGUGAUAAGUUUUGGUGGGGAAAUAGGGGGAAUGCCGCAUGAAAAUGGUAACCUAGAUAAGUGUAAGAGCUCCGGUCCGGCGGUUUAGAAAUAUGAUAUCAUCCCCUCCGAUUCCGAUUAUAACUUAGGUAAUUUAAUUUUUACGCGAGACGGAAGCCGAACAUGUUCGCGAGGACGGCCCAGCGGCAAUUCCAGUCGCCUCAUCUGCGCAGCCUAGCACGCUCGUUCUCUGGUACCGCGCCGGCGGGGACGGAUUUUACGCAUGUUGUCAUAGGCGGCGGCGCCGUCGGCCUCGCCAUCGCGCGGGCCCUAGCCUCCCACUCCCACUCCUCCUCCCCUAGUAGCAACAGCAACAGCAACAGCACGCUCCUGCUAGAACGGCAUCCCCACACCGGCACGGAGACCUCGUCGCGCAACAGCGAAGUCAUCCACGCAGGCCUCUACUACGGCCCCCAUUCGCUUAAAACACGCCUGUGUAUCCGCGGCCGCUCGGCCCUGUAUUCUUUCUGCGCGCGCUACGGGGUGCCUCACGCGCGCGUGGGGAAGUGGGUUGUAGCGCAGGACGAGGCGCAGGGGGAGGCAUUGGCGGGGAUCCACGAGGUUUGUAGGACGGCGGGGCUGGGCGUGCCGACGCGGUGGGUGGGGCGCGAGGAGGCGCGGAGGUUGGAGCCGGAGGUACGGGCUUUGGGAGGGGUCCUGGAGAGUCCGGAGACGGGGAUCGUCGAUUCGCAUGCGUUGAUGACGGCGCUGUUGGGGCAGUUUGAGGAGAGUGGGGGUGUGCUGGCUGUUAAUUCGGCGGUGGUAGGUGUGGAGGCUUUGGGGUCGAGGGCUGGUGGUGAUGGUUGGCGGAUUACUGUUCGUGAUGCGGCUACUGGUUCUGAAUCGAGUAUUACCACUUCGACGAUCAUCAACAGCGCUGGUCUCGGCGCCGCUGACAUUCAUAACAUGAUUGUGCCACCGGAUAAGCACGUCCGGCUAUACUACGCCAAAGGGAAUUACUUCAGCUACGCGUCCUCGACCCCCAAAGUCCGCCGACUAAUAUACCCGGUAACCGCCCCCGGCGCCGGCGGAUUAGGCACCCACCUAACGCUCGACCUCGCGGGGCGGAUGCGCUUCGGGCCCGACGUAGAAUGGGUCGAGUCGCCCAGCGAUCUAGCCGUCAACGCGGCGCGCCUACCAGCCGCCAUCGCCGAGAUAAAGAAGUAUCUCCCGUCCAUCGACGAAAGCGCGCUGACGCCCGACUACGCGGGCAUACGGCCGAAGCUAGCGCCGGCAGGCGCGGUGGCGACGGGCGGAGGAGGGUUUGUGGAUUUCCAUAUCAGGAAGGAGGAUGGGUUUGAGGGGUGGGUGAAUCUGCUGGGGAUAGAGAGUCCGGGGUUGACUAGCUGUCUGGCGAUUGGGGAGAUGGUGAGGGAUAUGCUGUAUGGGAGUGGGAAGGUGGAGGGAUCGGCGGCAUUAGGGACGUAGAUAGGGGCAGGUAAGUGUGUACCUAGAUAUGUACAUAAGGCUUCUACUUGAUGAUGAUGGCGAUUUGUAUAUGUCAGAUAGAAAGCGAGUUAAAAGGGGC